AUGGCGCGCCUUCACGUAGCUCUCCUCCUUCUCUUGGUGGCCGUCUCCGCCGUCAUCGUAUCAGCUACCGAUAAACCGUCGGUAACCACCGCCGGACCUCCAACCGCAACAACUCCGACGACCAGUGGAGAUGUCGAGGCAGCAGAGGCUCCAGUAGACGACAACGCCAUUGGAACAACCGACGACGACGCAGGUGCUACUCCAGGAGAUGAUGACGUGGCAGUAGCCGGACCUAUCGGAAGCGAGACUUCGUACGCAAACUACCCACCGCCUCAACAAACUUCCGGCAGUGGCCCCAUCACCGCUAUGAUUGGAUUCGUUUCUGUUGCUGCUACGAUGGUUGGGUCGUUCUUCUUUUUCUGA